AUUUCUCUGAAAGACUCAAAUCUACAUUUCUUAUCUUGCACAUUUUCAGCAUUCUCGGUAUCAAUUUAGCCAGAUCUUCAUUUUCGGUCCUGAUCUUGACGCCCAUCUUGCCAAUUACCCCACCAUGACAACCUCCCACAGCCUCAAAGCAGCUGCACCACCAGCAGCUCCCCUCACCGCGGCCCUCACCACCCACCUUGCCUCCCUCCUCCCUUCCUCCUCCAGGGACAGCCUGCGCACCUCUGUCCUCCCCUCGCUCCUCACCUCCAUCGCCGCCACCUCCACUGCCCUCCGCGCCGCCCAAGACGUCUCCCUCGCCGGCUCCUCUAACUCCUUUGGCGACGACCAACUCAACGUCGACGUGCUCGCCGAAGAAGCCAUCCGGCUCUGUCUCGCUCAAUGUCCUUCCGUCGUCACCGCCUCCAGCGAAGAGGACCCUAUCGAGAAACCGGUGCAGCACACCGGCCUUCCCUUUCAGGUUGUCGAGGCUGAGCAGGAUCGCACCCACGGCGAGGUCUACACGGUCGCGUUUGACCCACUUGAUGGGUCCUCUAUCAUUGCGCCGAACUGGACUGUCGGAACGAUUUUCUCACUGUGGGAUGGCACGUCAGCGCUGAAUGCUAGUCCGAGGGAAAAACAGGUCGGGGCGGUGUUGGGUGUUUAUGGACCGAGAACCACGGCGGUUGUUGCGUUGAGGUUCCCAGGGGAGGAGAAGGGCGUUUGUUUCGAGGUUGGGUUGUCGGAAUCAAGCGAGGCAGGGAAAGGGCAAGAAUGGGAUCUUAUCCGCCCCUCUGUCUCUUACGCGCCGCCCCCUUUCAAAACGCGGUACUUCGCCCCUGCGAACUUGCGCUCGACCAACACGCACGCGGCUUAUGCCAAGCUGGUGGCGCAUUACAUGGCGGAGAACUACACGCUGAGGUACUGCGGCGGGCUCGUGCCCGAUGUUGUGCACGCACUGGUUAAGGGGCAUGGAGUGUAUCUGAGCCCAGUGACGGAGACGAGCAAGGCUAAGUUGAGGAGUCUGUAUGAGCUGUUCCCGCUGGCGCUGGUGGUGGAGUGCUGCGGUGGGCGGGCGGUAGAUCCGGUGAGCGGGGAGAAUAUCUUGGGGGAUAAGGGAGUGGAGGGGUGUGAUGAGCGUGGUGGUAUUGUGUGCGGAACAGCGGAGGAAGUUGAAUAUGCUAAGGAGGUACUGUGCGGUUAAGCAUGAGCAGGGGGGGUUGAAUGGAUUUCAUGGCCAAGGGACCAAGAGAUGCAUGCCGAUGUCACAACGUCAAGUUGGUCACGAGAUUAUAGAGGCUCAUCGUUCGCUUCUUUCGAGAUGAUGGUAUAGAUUAUAGAUUUCAAGAGUUUAGACAAUAGAGGACUAGAAAGACAUCUUUACGUU